AUGUAUGAUACGGGAUGUUUUCCAACAAAUGGAUUCUAUCCGACAACAUCAUCUUGUUCAUCAAAUACUUCUUCACCCGAUUCACUAAAACAUCAACGUUUACUUGUUACUGCAACACCUUCACCACAGAAUGUAUCUCAUCCAUAUUUUCAACAACAACAACAACAACAACAGUAUCUUUUUGAUCAUCAUCGUUUUCGUUUUAAUCCGAAUAAUAAUAAUAAUAAUAACAAUAAUAACAAUAAUAAUAAUAAUAAUAGUAAUUUGAAUGGUAGUAAUGAAAUACAUUCAUCCUCAUCAUCGUCAACAACGUCCAGUCAUGAUCAAUUACAUCUAUGGCUUGCUGCUCAAUCAUCAGGGCAGCAACCACAGCAGUCGAGUCCUGCAACAGUGAGAAUGAUCUCAGAGAACGGACCAGCUUUUCCAUUACCUUUACAUUUACCACCUGGGCAUAUGGUUCAACAAGUUCUUGACGAGAAUGGUGUAGUGACACAUGUUAUUAUGUCACAACCAGCACCGCCGCCACCUCCACCCCCACCUCAUCAUCAUGUGCAUACCGGUUAUUCUCCAUCACCAUACAAUGGACUUUAUGGCCAUCCACAUCAAUAUCAUAAUCCAAAUGUAUAUGGACCAUAUACAGGAGAUACAUUAACAUAUCCUCAACGUUCUGCUUGUAAUCAUACAUCAUCACCUACAAAUCCUUCACAAUGUCUAUUACAUCCAUCUGAAAAUAAUAGUUCACCAACGUCGACAGCAGGAGGUGGUAAUACAUCUAUAAUAACAACAACAACACCUAAUUCAACAAAUAAUCAACAACGUCGUUCACCUGUAUAUAAUACGAAUACGAAUAGUUGUACAACAACAGGCGGAACAUCUCAUACACGACCGUUAAAUGUUAGUGGACAAAAACGACGUAUACCACCAUCUCAUGCAAAUACAAAUUCAUAUGUAAAUAAUGUUAGCAUGAAUGGUUCUGAUAAAUCUCAACAACAACAACAACAACAACAACAACAACAACAACAUCAUCAUCAUCAUCACCAUCAUCAUCCAUCAUUACCAACACAUUAUUCACCAUUUUAUUCCGAAAUGGUUGUUCAAUCAACAACUGAGCCUGUUGAUUUAGCUGCUGUUGCAGAAUAUGAUAAAGAACGACAAACAAUUGAAAAAUGUUUAUCGAAAUUAUCUCCACCAAUUAUUCAAGAUAUUGAAAGUCGAAGUGCAUUAGUAAGAAUACAACCUCCAAAUUUAACGUCUUCUCCAACGGAUUAUUCGAUUGAUUUUACUAAUCUUAUUUACGAAUUAUUAUUGUCAGAUAAAGGCAAAGAUGCCAAGUAUAAACAAGUUUAUUGUGGUGAUGCCAAUGAAAUAACUUUGAAAGAUCUGAAACCAGCCACUGAAUAUCAUCUAAAAGUAUGUGCAUGUAUUGAUACAUGUAAAGGUGAAUAUACAAAUCCAGUUCCAUUUACUACUGAACAAUGUGAACCUGAUAGACCUCUACCACCAAAAUUACUUGGUAGUCGACUGAAAAAUUCUUUAACAUUAAAAUGGACAGCUACAAAUGAUAAUGGAUCAAAAAUCUUAAAUUAUAUUCUUGAAUAUGAUGAAUUAUUAUUAUUUUUUUGGUUUUGUUUCUUUCAGGGUAAAGGUCGAGAAUUUGUUGAAAUCUAUCGUGGUAUAAAAAAACAAUUUAUGUUAAAUAAAUUAAUUCCGGCAACAUUUUAUGCUUUUCGUUUGGCUGCUGAGAACAGUAUUGGACGAAGUGAAUUUAGUGACACAAUUCAAUUUAGUACAUUAGGUACAAUUCCACCUGAACCUGAUCCACCAAUGUUAUGUGAGAAAGGUGUUAAAUAUUUAACAUUAUCAUGGAUAAAACGACCAAUUGAUGAAACAUUUACAUUACAAAUGAAUGAUGAAUCAAAUUAUUUUCGAAAUAAAUAUACAGGUUCAUUAUGUACUUAUACAAUUACUGAUUUAUAUCGAAAUACUGAAUAUAAAUUUCGACUAGCGGCACAUAAUCAAGAAGGUCAAAGUAAUUAUUCUCCAAUAGCAACAUAUAGAACAUUACCUGAUCGACCUGAUGCACCAGCUAAACCAAGAAUAAAAGGACAUAUACAAGCAACACAAUGUCGUAUUGUUUGGGAUCCACCAAGAGAUAAUGGCGGUGCCGAAAUUCAACAAUAUCAUCUUGAAUUAGAAGAAUCGAAAGGUUUUCAUGUUAUUUAUAAUGGUUUGGAUACAGAAUAUUUACUUGAACAACUUAUACCUGGACAUUCAUAUUCUCUUCGUUUAUCAUGUUCAAGUAUUGGUGGUCAGAGUGAUCCAUCAGAUAUCACACAAAUACGAACACCAGCUGUUGCACCAGCUACUUGUCAUCCACCGAAGAUUUCUGGAAAACCAAAAGCAAAUUCAUUACAUCUUCGUUGGGCAUAUCCGGAUUAUGAUGGUGGUUCAUCUAUAAUUGAUUUUGAAGUUCAAGUAACAAAUCCUGAUAGUUCAUCACGUAUUGUUUAUCGUGGACGUGAUCUUGAUUGUACUGUUGGUGGUUUAUUACCUGGUCGACCUUAUCUAUUUCAAGUUCGAGCAUUUAAUCGAGCAGGAGCUGGUCCAUGGUCAGAAUAUCUUGAUGUUCUAUCUGGUCCAGGUGUACCUGAAGCACCACGAAAUUUUGUUGUUGAAUGUCAUAACCCUAAUAGUGCUUUAAUUCGUUGGGAAGAAGGUGUUAAUAAUGGUGCAGCUAUAACUGAAUAUCGUCUUGAAUGGUCACGAAAAGAAAGUGAUUCAUUUAUGCAACUUUAUUGUGGAACAAAUUGCACAUAUGAAGCUAAAGGUCUGACUCCGGUUACACAUUAUUUUUUUCGAGUACAGGCAGUUAAUUCAGCUGGUCCUGGUCCAUAUAGUAUGUUAGCAUCAUGUGUUACACCAGCAGCUCCUCCAUCAAUUGUUACUUCUGUAAAAGUACAUGCAAAAUCUACAUCAAUGACAAUAACAUGGAAAGAACCAGCAAAUAAUGGAUCAUCUAUAACUGGUUAUUAUAUUGAUAUUGGUGAAAAAGAACUUAUUUUUGUUAAUCCUGAAUUUAAUGAAUAUACUAUCGAAGAAGUAUUACCUGAUACAACUUACAGAAUUCGUAUACGAGCUAUAAAUACUAUAGGACCUGGUCCAUAUUCAUCAAUAGUUAAAUGUCAAACAAAAAGUUUACCACCAGAUCCUCCAAGACUUGAAUGUAUUGCUGUAACAUGUAAUUCAAUAAAAUUAAAAUGGGGUAAUGGAACAGUUAAUCAUGCUCUAUCAUCAACAUCAGAAUCAUCAACAAUAACUCCUCGUUCAAUAUCGUAUAUUAUUGAAAUGGAAGGAAAAGAUGGAAAUUUUAAUUGUAUUUAUACCGGUACUACGUAUUCACAUAAAAUAAAUAAAUUACAAGAAAACACUCAAUAUAAUUUUCGUAUAUGUGCAAAAAAUGAUUCAGGUGCUGGACCAUGGUCAGAAAUUUAUACGUUUAUAACAACUAAAGCACCACCAAAUGCAUUAAAAGCUCCUAAUAUCAAUGAAAUAACUUCAACAUCAUGUAUAUUUAAUUGGCAAGCUCAUAAACCACUUGGUAAAGAUCCAAUAAGUUAUAUUCUUCAAUUACAAAUUUAUCGAAAAGAAAAUGAUUAUACAGAAAUUUAUCAUGGUGAAUCAACAGCAUAUCGUGCAACGAAUUUACAAGCUGGUGUUGAUUAUCGUGUACGUGUUUGUGCUAUACGUUCGACAAGUGAAGGUUUAACAUUAAAUAGUCCAUUUAGUCCUGCAACACAUUUUGUUUUACCUCGACCAGAAGAUUUAGCUGCAGCUUUAUCUGUAUCAAAAACAUCAAAUAAUCAUUCAAUAAAUGAUGAUUAUCAUUUAGAACAAAAACUUUCAUUAAUAAAUCGAUAUCGUUUAUUAUUAAAUCGUAAAUUAAAAUCUAUACAAUUAUUUGAAAGUCGAACAUUAACUGAUCAACAAUGGGCUAUUGUUAUAUUUGUUGGUUUUACAUUAUUAGCAAUAUUUAUAGCCAUAUUUGCUAAUUUUAUAUAUUCAAAAUAUAAUAAUGGUUCAUCAAUAUCAGUUGAUAAUGCCUUUUCUGCUUCUUCUCCUUCUUCUUCUCCGUUUUCUCCCGGCAUAAAAAAAUAA